AUGGGAUUCCACCCCAGCAGACUGAUAGACCUCCCUGGCGUGCAUUCACUAGGGAAGAAGAAGUCCAUGAUUGUUGUGAUUUUUGUAGCAGCAUUUCUCUUCCUGCUGAUUUUUCACCUUAUAAAUGAAGUGAAAUUCCCUUUGCUACUAAACUGCUUUGGACAAUCCGGUGCUAAAUGGAUUCCAUUCUCCUACACACUCAGGAAGCCUCUCAGAACUCACUAUGGAUACAUAAAUGUGAAAACACAAGAGCCUUUGCAGCUGGCCUGUGAUCUGUGUGCCAUUGUUUCAAAUUCCGGUCAAAUGGCCGGCCAGAAGGUGGGAGCUGAAAUUGACCGAUCAUCCUGCAUCUGGAGGAUGAACAAUGCUCCCACAAGGGGCUAUGAAGAGGACGUGGGGCGGAGGACGAUGAUAAGGGUGGUAUCCCACACCAGUGUUCCCCUGCUGCUGAAGAACCCAGAUUACUUUUUCAAGGAUGCCAACAGCACGAUCUACGUCAUCUGGGGCCCUUUCCGGAACAUGCGGAAAGAUGGCCACGGCAUUGUGUACAACAUGCUGAGGAAAGCUAUGGAUGUUUACCCCAGUGCCAAGAUUUACGUGACAACUGAGAAGCGCAUGAGUUACUGUGACGCAGUUUUCAAGAAGGAGACUGGAAAAGACCGAGUCCAGUCAGGUUCAUAUCUCAGCACUGGUUGGUUUACUUUAAUUCUGGCGAUGGACGCUUGCUAUGGCGUCCAUGUCUAUGGGAUGAUAAAUGACACCUACUGCAAGUCAGAAGGCUUUAGAAAAGUCCCCUACCACUACUAUGAGCAAGGAAGAGAUGAAUGUGAUGAAUAUCUUCUGCACGAAAAUGCUCCUUAUGGAGGUCACAGGUUUAUCACGGAAAAGAAAGUAUUUGCAAAAUGGGCCAGAAAGCACAAGAUAAUAUUUACCCACCCAAAUUGGACAGUGUCUUGAUGUCGGUUUUGCGAGGCCUUCAGCGUUAGCCCGAUAUUACAACAAUGCCUCAGCCUGGGAUGAUGAUUUUUUCACCUUAAAGUUCUUUCUCUGCUUAGAUAAGCCGGACAUAAAUGAUAGCUCAGUUAUUAAGAUGAACUUGAGAACUGUGGAGGGUAAUUGUGCUGCUUUGUUUUCUCACUGAGGAUACUACACCAAAUAAUGCACUUUAUAGCUUAACCGGACAUUAAUCAAGACAGCAGCGACCUUACCAACGUUAUUGUUGGAGCUGGGCUCACCGGGAUAUUGAACAGUGGGUAGU